AUGGCACUAUCAAGAUUUUAUAACUUGGAGCGUAAAUUAACAGCCGAUCCUAUCAUAUACGAGGAAUAUAAAUGUUUUAUGAACGAGUAUUUACAACUUGGCCACAUGAAACUCGCGCAAACUCCAGGAAACUACAUCAUUCCACAUCACGCAGUUGUCAAACGAACGAACGGAAAAAUUAAACUAAGAGUCGUAUUUGACGCGUCUGCCACUACAUCCUCUGGAACAUCAUUAAACAAUUUGCUAUUCAUCGGACCCAAAUUGCAAUGUGACAUAGCAGAUCUACUACUACGAUGUCGCUUUCAUGUAUACAUGCUCACAGCAGAUAUAUGCAAAAUGUAUAGACAAAUACAGGUGCCACCAGCGGAAUGCUCUUACCAGCAUAUUCUGUGGCGCAACGAUCCAUCUGAAUCAAUACAGGAGUAUGCGUUGUCGACAGUUACUUACGGAGUGUCUUCGUCCCCCUUUCAAGCCAUCCGUGUAUUGCAUCAACUGGAAUUGGACGAAGGUUUCAAAUACCCAGCUGCACAAGGAGUGUUAUCUAGUCAAACUUACGUCGAUGACAUUAUAGCCGGAGCUGCCUCAGUCGAACAGAUGGUGACGUUGCAAAAACAGCUCAUCGGUUUGUUAGGUCAAGGUCAAUUUGAGCUAAAAAAAUGGGCAAGUAACUGUCGACAAGUUCUGCAAAAUAUCCCACAGGACGAUCAAGUUGUAGAACUGUCAUUCGACCCAAAGGAUGAGUGUUCAAUAAAGAUCCUGGGGUUACAUUGGGACCCGGCAAAUGAUAUAUUCAGUUAUCACAGUGAUCCCUGCGUCUCUCGACCUACAAAACGCUCAGUGCUAUCCGCGAUAGCUAAGAUCUAUGACCCACUCGGAGCCUUAUCACCCAUCACCUUUUGGGCUAAGUGCUUCAUGCAGAUUUUAUGGAAAAAUGCGUAUGAAUGGGACCAACCGAUCCCAGACGAACUAGCUUCUUCCUGGAAUUCAUUCUCUACGCAGUUACCUUCGGUCUCACAAGUUAAAAUCAGAAGACAUAUUCCUAUUGAACAAUGUACGGACGUUCAACUACUAGGGUUUUCCGAUGCAUUACAAAAGGGAUACUCAGCUGUUGUUUACAUGCGAUUGUCGUAUGCGUCAAAACCUGGCACAGUACAUCUACUUACAGCAAGGUCGAAGGUGGCACCGUUAAAGAACAGUCGUCUGGAUGAGUCACUUUCCAUUCCAAGGUUGGAAUUAUGUGGGGCAUUGCUAUUAGCUCAAACACUGCAUCGUGUACAAAAUGCAUUAUCGUCAAUCACUCACAUAUCCUUGAUUCAUGCCUGGACCGACUCUACAGUGGUGUUGUCUUGGCUAACAACUCAGCAAGUUACAUUUAAAGUAUUUGUCACGAACAGGCUUAACAAGAUAGGUGAACUUCUGCCCUCGGUUCAGUGGAGAUACGUACCAUCAAUGCAAAAUCCAGCUGAUUGCGUGUCCCGCGGCCUACUUCCUACCGAGGCAUUAGAACACAGUUUAUACUGGGAUGGUCCGUCUUUCGUACAACAGUCACCUGAUACUUGGAAAUCACCACAGUAUGAAAAAAUUCCCGUCGCUGAACUACCUGAACAGAAAACCGUGGCAGAGAUCCUGCACGUUAUUGUUACACCAACAACGAACGACGAAUGGUUUGAAAAAUUCUCAUCAUUGACUCGUCUAAAGAGAGUUGUUGCUUACAUGAGACGUUUCAUUGUCAAGGCUCAUCACAAGUCAGUCCAGCGAAAUCCCACACAUCAAUGUGACGAGCAUCCACCCAUGUUUACAGGUUUCCUUCGGUAUGAAGAGCUUAGUGAUGCUUUACAGACGUUAGUCCAAAUAACACAACGCAUCCACUUUCCACAGUUAAUCAAGCUUAUUUCAUCUUCGUCAUCGUCAAUCAAACCUCGUUCGAUAGCUUGUCUCACCCCGUUCAUUGACGCAUCUGGAAUCAUACGCGUGGGUGGACGACUGCGCCGUUCAACCGCACCGGAAGACUUCAAAUAUCCAGUGUUAAUACCAAAGUCAAGCGCUUUAACGUUCCUAUUGAUCCGAUAUUAUCAUAUAACUGGUAUGCACGCUGGGCCUCAGCUUGUGGCAUCCUUGUUGUCUUCUCAAUUUUGGAUUGUGUCAGGUCGAUCAGUUAUUCGUCACAUUAUUUUCAAAUGUGUUACAUGUACACGACAUCGAGCGUUAACCGUCAAAACGUUAAUGGGCGAUCUUCCUUCCUCACGGGUAUGUUCAUCGAGACCCUUCUCUAAUGUCGGUGUAGAUUAUGCAGGACCACUUUUGAUCAAAGAAAGCAGACGUCGGAACGCCCGCUCUACAAAAUGCUAUGUGGCGAUCUUCAUCUACAUGGCCGUGAAAGCGGUGCACAUCGAAGUGGUCUCUGAUCUAACAACUUCGGCAUUCCUGGCGUCAUUGCAGCGUUUCAUUGCUCGCCGAGGAAUACCUUUGGACAUAUAUUCAGACUGCGGUACCAAUUUCCAAGGUGCUGCAUCUGAAUUGCGUCGGUUGUGGUCAGAUCCUGAAGCACAAAACAUUGUCUCAAAUGCUGUGCCGUGUAGGUGGCACUUCAACCCACCGGCUGCUCCCCACUUCGGGGGACUGUGGGAGGCAGCUGUUAAAUCCAUGAAAACCCACCUGAAACGAGUAAUUGGCACCCAAUUGUUAACAUUUGAGGAGAUGUGCACCAUAACUCAACGAAUAGAAGCCAUACUGAACUCACGGCCAAUUACACCCCUUUCGUCAGAUCCGAAUGAUCUACGAGUGCUAACACCAGGUCACUUCCUCACAGGUGCACCUCUCGUCGCGCUGCCUGACCCCGAUGUGACGCAGCUUCCGAUAAACCGUCUCAACCGUUGGCAGCUGUUAGAUCAAUUUCACCAAUCGCUAUGGAAACGUUGGUCUUCAAAAUAA